CCGCAUUCCAUCCUCGUCCAAGCGGUAGGCAGGCCACUGCUUGAUUCCAUCUGACUCCCUCCGCCCAACAUCGGUCCAGAACCACAACCCGACCAACCCAACCCAACCCAACCCAGCCUCUCCACCAUGUCCUUCCCAUCCCCCUCCGCCUCCAACCCGUCCCUCACCACCUCCGCCUACAUGGUCUCCUCGCGGGACCACUACUCCGACGAAGAUGUCGCCUCUCUCCCCUCCGAAUCCACCUCUGCCUCAGAUCUCGACUCCCUCUCAGACGACUACUCCGACGCCGAAGAAGAAUGGCGCGAAAGCAUCGAGCAAUUGGAGCUCCUCCUGACCAUGGUCCUGGUUCCGUUCGUGGGGAAGUACUUCGGGAGGAAAUGUGCUUAUUGGGGCUGGACCAGAUUCAUGGAAUGGAAAUACCCCGUCGAAGUGGUGAUGAAGAACCCAUCGGAAUAUAAGGCAACGGGAGUCCUUGCGUCGCUAUGAGCUGGAUACCUCCCACCAAAAUAUCACGGACUCUGCGCCCUUUCCAGAGACAGCGAGAGGUUUAUAUAUUCGUCAUUCCUAGGUUUCUUUCUCCUGUGCAUGAGCCAUUUCCGUUCCUGUGAUCCAUACAUAAUGAUACCCACCCCCGCCUUCUCCGUCGGAGGGCGAUGAUAAACCUCCUUGUCUUCUUGGUUGCCUCUCCCCCUACCUCUCUGGUUUGCUGCUGGCCAGUUAGUGUCAACUGCCUGCGAUAUCUUUAACAGAUUGUGAUCUAGAGGCCCUGGCUUAUCUGGGUGCACCGUCGAGGACUUCAAGGGCCAGGUUCGCAUCGGGAACAUUGCAGAUACUUGGCCGCCCAACAAGUUCCUGGUUCGAGGACAAAAAUGCUGGUUAACUUGAUUUUGUUUAGCAAUAGAGCGUACUAUGGGAUACAGCUAUACCUAAUUCAACAUUAUUGAAUAGAAUCAAGACUAUAUAUGAGAACGCUGAC